UUAACUUAUAUAAAAUUUACAUUUUUCUAGAUAUAUAAUGGAAUUAGAGAUGAUAACUUCUAGUGAAGAUAGUGAUGAGCAAGAAGUUCAAGAUGAAUGUAUAGUAACCAAGAGAUCUUAUGAUUGCACAUUUUGCAAAAGGGGUUUCACUAAUGCUAGGGCAUUAGGAGGCCACAUGAAUAUUCAUAGGAAAGAAAGAACAACUUAUAAGGCCAAACAAGGCACACCCAAUUCCUCACCUUUUGUUCCAGCAGUUGUUUCAAGCCAACCUUCAACUUAUUACUGCAUUUUAGAGCCUCCUAGGAACUAUGACAUGUAUCAUCAAACAUCAAAAACAAACCCUAGAAACUCUCCACCUACAUUUCAAUAUGAUUUUCUUAACACAAGCUCUCAAUCUUUGUUGGGAACCAAUUUGAGUCUCCAAAUUGGUUCAAGCCAUAAGGGCAAUGAUCAAGUUUGGAGAGGAAUUGAGAAAGAUGGUGAAGGGGUGGACCUAGAGCUUAGGCUUGGUCACGAUUCAUACUCAAACUACUAAGGUAUAUAACGAUAUAUAUUGUAAUAGAGAGGUAUCCCACGCAUGCAUAACAUAAGCUUAUCAUUAUGUAUUAGGUAGUAUACAUUUAAGAUGUAGCUCCCCGUUUAAAUUUUAUGGUUGUAAGCAUAUACUAGCAGAAUCAGUUAAUAAUAUAUAG